AAAAUAUAUUAUAGGCUUUUAUUUGGUGGCCCAUCUAAAAACCCACUAAUUGAGCCCAAACUUAAGUUCCACCAGACCCACACCACACGUUUCUUUACCCAACCUUUUUUCACUGAUCCACCGAAAGCACAACCGCCGCCGUUUCUUCAUCUCCCAUCUUCGUCGUCUUCGCAGCACCGGCGCUCCAUUUUCCGCUCUCGGCACGCAGGCGACGGCGGCGGCGCUCAGGCUUGGGAUCUCAACGACGGAGUCAGCGGUUUCCCCUCCCCCUCUCGCCAGCCGCCUCGCGCCUUCGCCUCCGGUCCUCCGCACACCGGCUGGUGACCCUGCGUGCGUGCCUCUCUCUCUCCUCCCGCCUUCGGUGGAUCGUCAACGCCGCCAGGCCCCGGCAUCUGAGCCGCGCGCGGCCUGAGGGCAGCGAGAGCCAGCAGAUGCUGCUCCACCAAGGUGGUCGCGCAUGCCCAAAGCGAAGCGUUACCCGUCCUCUUAGCGCUGAAGCGUGCGCUUAGUGCCGGCUUUUGGAACCCUGUAUCAUACCGAAUUGCGCAUUAUAGAAAUUGGCUAGGACUACACUGGGUUUGCCAUUGGCCAUGACGUGUGCUGCUUACAGUAUCAGAGGUCCUCUCAUGCUUGCUGCAAGGCGCAGCUCGGAUGUGUUCGCUAGUAGCAAGUCGUGCAAUGGCAAGUCUUCGGUGUCUUACCCCGUUAUUCAGUGGUGGAGCAGUAACUGCUCAUCCUUCACAAUGCGGCAUGUCGCCUCCCAUCAUCACUUGAUUGUUAAGGCUUCAGCAACGUGGCACUCAAAAGCUUCAGCAACUGAUGCAGCCACUGCUUCCGAUGAGAGGAUAACUGUACUGGUCAUUGGUGGUGGAGGCAGGGAGCAUGCUCUUUGUUAUGCCUUGAACCGUUCCCCAUCAUGUGCUGCAGUUCUAUGUGCCCCUGGUAAUGCUGGUAUUGCUCAGUCCGGGGAUGCAACAUGUAUUUCAGAUUUGGACAUCUCCAGUAGCGAUGAUGUUAUCUCGUUCUGCCGCAAGAGGGAAGUGGGAAUGGUUGUAGUGGGUCCUGAAGCCCCUCUUGUCGCGGGUCUUGUGAAUGACCUUGUCAAAGUUGGGAUACCAACCUUUGGCCCUUCAUCAGAGGCUGCAGCAUUAGAAGGAUCAAAGGACUUCAUGAAGAAGUUGUGUGAUAAGUACAACAUCCCUACAGCCAAGUAUCGCACAUUCACGGACGCUGUGGAAGCUAAAAAAUAUGUUAAAAAUGAAGGAGCCCCUAUCGUUGUUAAAGCUGAUGGACUGGCUGCUGGAAAGGGUGUGGUUGUCGCAAUGACUUUGGAUGAGGCGUUCGAAGCCAUAGAUUCUAUGUUGGUUGAAGGCUCAUUCGGUUCUGCUGGUUCACUGGUUAUCAUCGAAGAAUUUCUAGAGGGUGAAGAAGCCUCUUUCUUUGCAUUGGUAGAUGGCACAAAUGCUUUACCUCUUGAAUCAGCACAGGAUCACAAAAGAGUUGGUGAUGGUGAUGUUGGCCCAAAUACCGGUGGUAUGGGUGCAUACUCCCCUGCUCCAAUAGUGACAGAUGAGCUCAAACGCACUGUAAUGGAAAGUAUAAUUAUCCCUACUGUUAAAGGAAUGUCAACCGAAGGUUGCAAGUUUGUUGGUGUAUUAUAUGCUGGGCUUAUGAUCGAGAAGAAGUCUGGGCUGCCUAAGCUUAUUGAGUACAAUGUAAGAUUUGGUGACCCAGAAUGCCAGGUUCUGAUGAUGCGAUUAGAAUCUGAUUUGGCACAAGUUCUGUUAUCUGCUUGCCAGGGAGAGUUAGGCAAUGUUUCACUAACCUGGUCACCCGAAAUGGCAAUGGUGGUUGUGAUGGCAAGCCAGGGAUACCCGGGCCCUUAUAAAAAGGGGACCGUGAUAAAAAACGUGGACAAGGCUGAGCAGGUGUCUCCGGCUGUCAAGAUAUUCCAUGCUGGGACAGCACUAGAUGGAGACGGCAACCUUGUUGCCGUUGGAGGGCGAGUUCUUGGUGUCACUGCCAAGGGCAAGGACAUUGAAGAAGCAAGGGCAAGAGCAUAUGGUGCGGUAGACGCUGUCGAGUGGCCAGAAGGGUUCUUCAGGCACGACAUUGGUUGGAGAGCACUGAGGCAGAAGCAAGCGGCAAAAUAGGUAGCAGCUACCCAUGACCACGAGAUUUUCCUAGACUACCACAACUACGCAGGUUGUUCAAAUUUUAACACCUGCGGAUUUCAGCAUGAUUUGGUAGAUGUUUGAACCGAGAUUAUGUUCAGAGUCUAGACAAGCGCUAGCGUGAAAGCAGCGCCAUCUGAAUUCUGACCAUUUGUCUUUCAGUUCUCGGAUAAGUGGACCUCCUAUAUGACUGUGAUAUCUCAAACCAAACACUUCAGAGUGUGA